ACAAUUUCUAAAAUAUAUAUUUGGCUUGGGCUAGUUUAUCUCAGCUGAUUGUGAAGAGGCUUUUACAUCAGCGCUUUGGAUAGGUAAUUGAAGUGUAUUUUAAGUUUUUCCACUAUAUCAAAGUGGUGUAUAACGAAGUAAGAUAAACGAAAAACCUUGGCGCAAAACUUAAACACAGAUAAUAAUAGAUAUUAUAGAUUUAGUAUAAUAUCUAGUGCAAUAGUGAACCAUGGAGCCUGCAAGAUGCAAUGCAAGAUGUGCCUCGCAUAUUAUUACGUCAAAACCUCUUUCGCGAUUCUCUUAUUAACAAAACUAUGACAUGUUAAUAAACGAUAAGGUAAUUGUUUUGUCAUUUAUUAAUCAACAAGAUGUCAGCAAAAAUAAUUGUUCAUAAGUUUGAGGAAGAGAGUAACUAUAAAACUUUACAGAUUACUAUUGGGGGAAAUGACCAAGAUUUGUCUGAUAUUAAAUUCAGUAAUUGGCAAGAUGGUAAAACCGAAAUGAAAAAGAAAGAAAAAGGUAAACCUCGACUAGUUGUGAAAAUGGUUUCGGAUAGUAAUUUUAGCCAUAUGAAUAUAGAUUCCUGCUUUAAGGUAGUGGAUUAUGCGGACAAAUACCUUAGCAAUAUUCUGAAUAAAAAUAGUCACAUACGAGAAGACAUAAAAGCAAAUUAUCACACAAGGAAUGCUAACUUAGAUGAAUCCAAUAGUGAGCUAGAUAUGUAUAGAAAGCAUCAUGAAGCCCUAAACGAACAGCCAAACGACAUGAGACAAAAUGAUCACACAAUGUCACAAUUAAACAUGAAUACAUUCCAUUUUGAUAACCAUAUGUUUGAUGGAAUAGAUCCCCUAGAAUGUUGUCUAGAAAAAGUAAAUAAAAACAAUGCUUUAAUAAUGGAAAACAUUCAUAUGCUUAAUAGAACUUUAAACUAUACUAAAAAGAAAGAAAUAUUGGACACAAUCAAUCCAAAACCAUUGCAUCCCUGCAAUGCAUGCGGAAAGUGUUUCGUUUAUGAAACUGGCCUACGCAGACAUUUUUCUGUGAGACAUGCCAGUCUAGAUACGCAACCACUUUGGCAGUUGGUUUGGACAUGCACUGAAUGCUUUCAGGUCUGGCCAAGACAGGAUCUGGCUCACGAGCAUGCAAACCAGUGCUCUAACUCAAAUAAUAUUGACCUUGUCCAGGAAAUUAAAACCUCGUCACUAUUACAAUGUGAAUUUUGCGAAAAAGUAUUCACAUGUAUCCCUAGAUUGCUAAGACACGCUAAGAUGCAUUCAGUGACAAAUAAUUUCGAAUGUAACGCAUGUAAUAUUGUAUUUUCAUGUUACAAAACUACAGAACAGCAUUGGCUGUCGUGUAUGUGGUUAAAAACAUGUUACCAAUUUUCAUUGCCUAAGCUGUUACUUUGCAAUGCUUGUGAUCGCAAAUUUAGGAACUAUGAUCAGCUAUAUAAUCAUAGAUACAAACUAGGACACUUUAUGCCUAAGAUCUCUGUUGAAAACAAUUGUGCAUAUCCAACACUUGUGUACCAGUGUGAAAUUUGUGGACAGUGGUUUAGUACCAUAGCUCAACUCCGAGUUCACAGGAGUCAAUAUCAUCCACAAUUUGAUAAUGGAACAUCAUAUAAUGUUGAUACGUCAUCAGCAACCGAAUAAUCCUAGUUUUGAAGAUAGGGCUAAUAGAAAAACUUAUUAAAAUUACAGAUAGUUUAAACUUUAUGAUUAACUAGUUAUUGACUUGUGAUUUAUGAAUAAAAAGUGGGAUAAAAAAUAAGUGUUUUAAUAGACCUACUAUAGACAAUCAUAUUUGCAGGAGGCAAUUAAAUGUUACAUCUAUGGUAGGACUGAACUCCAAGCUUAUAUAAUGCAA